AUGGAAUAUUUAGACGUUGUUGAACAGCGUCGUAUGCCAACAGGAAGAACUGAGACGUCGUGUGGAAUUGCUGGUAAGCCAUCAGGGUUGAUUAUCAAUGGAACUCAAUCUGAGAGAGGUGCAUGGCCUUGGUUGGCUGCGUUAUAUUUGGCUAAAGGUGAUAAAUUCUUUUGUGGUGGGAAUUUAAUUAGUGACAAUAUGGUGGUGACGGCAGCUCAUUGUAUUAUUGAUAAAGGUGCAAGCAAACCUCUUCAAGCAAAUGAAAUUGUAGUCAAGCUCGGAAAAUUCAAUCUCACUGACCCACUAGAACGAGGUUCCAUGACCGUUUAUCCAUCUGACAUAAUCAUUCAUCAAAAUUGGAAAACUUAUACACAAAACUAUGAUUCAGAUAUUGCAAUAAUUGUUCUCGAGACACAGUUUGGCUUUACCGAUAAAAUUUCACCAAUUUGUUUGUGGGAUAAAAAUCACGAGCCAAGAAAAGACAACGGAAUUGUUGUUGGAUGGGGAAAGUCAGAAUCAGAAGCUGAACAUGAGAGCACGCCAAAGGAAUUGGAAGUUUCCAUUGUUAAAAAUGAAGUUUGCUUUCUGAAAAAUCAUCGAUUUGCUGCAAUCUCUUCUUUAAAUACUUUUUGUGCUGGUAAAGAUGAAACGUCAGGCCCAUGUAGAGGUGAUUCAGGUUCUGGUCUUUUUGUCAGUUUUGGAAAUCGAAACAGACGAUGGUAUUUGAGAGGCAUCGUUUCAGCUUCAUUUGUAAAUGAAAAUAACGAGUGUCAAGUUUCCGAUGAUUCAAUUUUUACAAAUGUUGUAAAAUUUAACGAGUGGAUUCUUCAGACAUCAAAAAAGGUUAGCAUGUCGUCACCAUUACGGCCCAAUCAAAAUCCUGAUGAAAAGAUUUCAAAGAAAGAAAUUUUCUGCUUUUUUGAAAGUUGGGCUGAAGGUCGUCAAGGUGACGGCGUGUUUUUCUUAAAUGAUUUCAGACCUGAACUUUGCACAACUGCUGUUUAUUUAUUGUCAAAUCUCGAUGAAGCUGGUGAUAGUCUCAAGCCGACAAAUCCUUGGCAAGAACUGGAAGACAAUGGUGGACAGAAUCUUUACAAGCGAUUCACAUCAUUAAAAAAAUCUCAUAACGGUCUUCGGACUUUACUUGCUGUUGGCGGUUGGAUUGAUGGUUCAAAGAAAUAUUCUGAACUUGCUGCUGAUGUUAACAGACGAAAGCGAUUUGCUGUUAAUUCAGCUAAUUAUCUUGAGAAAUAUGGCUUUGAUGGCCUUCAUUUUCAUUGGGAACAUCCAGCACAUCGUGGAGGUUCUCCUUCUGAUAAAAGAAACUUUGGGUUAUUAUUGCAAGAGAUUCACGAAGUGUAUCAACAAGAAAAUCUUUUUCUCAGUGUUUUUGUUCGUACACCUGCAAAUAUCGUUGAGUCUGCUUAUGACAUGAGAAGCAUUGGAAAAUAUGCUGAUGCGAUUUUAAUUAUGACAUUUGACUUUACUGGUUAUUGGGAUCAGAAGAUUGAAUAUCCAGCUGCAAUUUAUGGUGCAGGUGAAAGAACAAUUGAUUCGAGAGUGAAAUAUUUCAGAGAUUACCAUGGCAUUCCAUCUGAAAAGUUGAUAUUGGGAAUUCCAUUCUUUGGGCGUUCUUACAUCGCAUCAACUAAUGGGAACAUUGGAGAUAAGACACUAAAUGAUGUCAACUUUCCUGGACCAUUUGUGAAUGAAAAUGGUUUUCUAGGCUACAAUGAAAUUUGUAGACUAAGGAAAGAAUAUCAAUGGGAAUUGACUUUUGACAAUUUAGCAUCUCAGACUAUCGGAAAGUUUGUUAAAAAUAAUUUGACUCAUGUUGUUAUUUAUGAUUCACCUCGAUCAGUUGCAAACAAAGUGAAAUAUGCGUUUGAGAACAAUCUUGGUGGAGUUUGGACUUGGUUUGUAGACACUGAUGACUUCUUAGGUGAAUGUCCAAGAGAUUUGACGACUUUCUCUGAUUUUACGGGAACGAAACGUGAACCAGUAAGAUAUAGAGAAUUGGCAUUGCUGACAACAACUCAUGAAACGUUCAAAUUGAUGAAGUCGAUCAAAAUUAAUGAUCCAAAAUAA